AUGAGUUCCUUUUUCUUUUUCAUUCUAUUUAUCUUUAUCCUUUUAUGUCUUUCUUUUCUUAUUUUUCUCCCAUUGCUUCUUUCUUUCUUUCUCUUUCUUUCUUUCUUUCGUUCUUUCUUUCGUUCUUUCUUUCUCUUUCUUUCUUUUUCUUUCUUUCUUUCUUUCGUUCUUUCUUUCAUUUCUUCCUUUUUGUUCUUUCAUGACUUCUUUCAUUCAUUCUUUCUUUCUAUGCUUCCUUCCUUCUUUCCUUCUUUCAUUCUUUCCUUCGUUCGUUCUUUCUUUCUUUCUUUUAUUCUUUCGUUCUUUCUUUCCUUCUUUCAUUCCUUCUUUCAUUCCUUCUUUCUUUCUUUCUUUCUUUAUUUUUCAUUCUUUCGUUCUUUCUUUCCUUCUUUCUUUCAUUCCUUCCCUUUUGUUCUUUCAUUACUUCUUUCAUUCAUUCUUUAUUUAUUUCCAUAUUUCUUUCAUUCAUUCUUUCUUUCUCUGCUUCUUUCUUUCUUUCCUUCUUUCUUUCUUUCUUUCUUUCUUUCUUUCUUUCUAUUCGGCUCAUAUAACCUAUUCUUUCUUUCUUUCUUUCUUUCUGUCUUCUUUCUUUCUUUCUUUGGGCGUAUUAUAUCUUUUUUUUUUCUUCUUCGUUGCAGCUUUUCUUUCUGUUUAUUAUCAAUCAAGUGA